GAAAUAAAUUUUAGAAAGAAUAAGUUUCAUGUGGUAAAGUGACUUUUUGUGAAGACGUAAAUUAAAAUAAGUGAUGUGAAAGAUUUUCUCAGGAAUAAUAUUAUCUCGAAAACAAAUUAUGGCUGGAAGAGGAGAAAGAGGUGUAUCGCGAGUUCUAGAUAAGCUCGAAGCAUCUGUGAAUUCGGGUCAAUAUUAUGAAGCACAUCAAAUGUACAGGACUCUUUAUUUCAGGUAUCUAAGUCAAAAGAAGUAUACCGAUUUGCUUCAAUUAUUGUAUAAAGGUUCAAGUCUUUUAUUACAACGCGAUCAACAAGGCAGUGGAGCAGAUCUAGCAAUUCUGUUAAUCGAAGUUUUAACAAAAUCAGAAACAAAACCUUGCCACGAAUGGAUAGAUAAAAUAUCAAAAUUAUUUGAAAAGAUGAAUUCAAGUAUUCCCGAAAGGGAAACCUUUCUAACAAAUGCUGUGAAAUGGUCCAUGGAUAAUAAUAAAAAAGGACAUCCUUUACUUCACAAGAAAAUUGCUGAAAUAUAUUGGCAGGAGAAGAAGUUUACAUCGGCACAUAGACACUUUCUACACUCAAGUGAUGGAGCGGCUUAUGCUAAUAUGUUGAUUGAGCUUCAUACGACAAAAGGACUCAAAUCAGAAAUAGAUUUGUUUAUUGCCCAAGCUGUUCUACAGUGUCUUUGUUUGCGUAAUAUUCAAAUGGCCACAGAAGCAUUUAACAAAUACACAGGAUCACACCCUACUAUAAAAAAUGACAAAGGCCCACCAUACUUAUUCCCAUUAUUAAAUUUUCUAUGGUUUCUAUUACGUGCUAUUGAACAGAAACAUGUCAUUCAAUUUAAAAUCCUAAGAAGCUGUUAUGCUAUUAGUAUAAAACGUGAUCCAAAUUAUUCAGUGUACUUAGAUACCAUUGGACGAAUUUGGUUUGGUAUUGAGAUCCCGCAAGACAAAAAUCCUAAUUCUAUAUUUGGUGGCCUUCUUAAAUCUAUUAUAGGAGAUGUUGAUGUUGAUACUUCAGAUGAAGAAGGGGAUGGUUUGAGAAAAAGUGCACCAAUUCCUGACUUAGACUAGCUGUGAAGGGUUAAAGCAUAAUUUGCUAUUUAUAAAAUUUUAAUCACAAAUAUCUGCAUACCUGCAUAUGCUGAUUCAAUGUGUAUAUUGGGUGAAAGUUGUUUAGUAGGAAAUGGUUUAUGUGAUGCAAAAUAUAUAGAAUAUUUGCUGUCUCAAAACACAGACAAGUAAAUUUAUUAAUUUUUAAACCAAUUGCAUCUUCUAAAAUUUUUUUUAAGUGAAACCAUUUAGUUAGAAAGAGAGCUUAUAGUCUUAUAAAGCACUUUUUAUAAUACUGGAUUGUUUUAAUGAAAUCAUCUGUUUAAAACUGUAUUUGUAUUAUAUAGAUUAUUAACAUUAUUAUUAUACUUGUUCUAUUUGAAUUUUUAUUUAUUAAAUGGCAAUAUUAAAUAUU